GCAUAGUCAAUCAGCCCCGCCCCUCCAGGGCUGCCUGGGGGAGUGGGAAUAAAGUCAGAUAGCGGAUCUGGCAGCAAAAGGAAAACGAGGGGGAAAAAUACUCGCAAGAAAGUUUUCUGCUAACUUUGCAGCCGCGGCAGCAACUAUGCCCGUGCGGUGCGGUGCCUCGGGACUAGGGGGGCUUGGAUCGCCUUAGGGAGGGGAGGGAGGGGGAGAGACAAAAGUGUGGGGCUGGCCGGAUUAAAGCAAAAUAAAGAGCAGCACCCCUCCCCCUAAGCGAGAAGAACCCAGCAGAAGCGUGUGGGGUGGAGAAAACAUCCUGGGGAGAGCUGACCGGAGGCAGUGAGCGAGGAGUGGAGGGAGGGAGCACAGAGAGACCCAGGCAGGCGGCAGAGUUCGGGGGAAAGAUGAGCUUGUUGUCAGCCAUAGACACCAGUGCUGCUUCUGUCUACCAGCCUGCCCAGCUCCUCAACUGGGUCUAUCUGUCGCUGCAAGACACCCACCAGGCCAGCGCCUUUGAUGCCUUCAGACCCGAGCCCUCUUCUUCCCAGCACCCCGAUCUCAGCUACACCAAGAACAGCCCGGAGCUGGGCUCGUCCCUCAAUUCCAGCUAUCUGAACAGCUUCUUCCAACUCCAGAGGAACGAGGCGCUGAGUAGCAGUCUGUAUAAGAGCGCAUCUCCCUAUGGCUCCCUUAAUAACAUAGUGGAUGGGUUAAGCUCGCUUACUGAGCAUUUCUCUGACCUAUCCCUCUCCUCGGAAGCCAGAAAACCCAGCAAGAGGCCACCUCCUAACUACCUAUGUCACCUCUGUUUUAACAAGGGACACUACAUCAAAGAUUGUCCACAGGCUCGUCCAAAAGGAGAGGGUCUGACCCCAUACCAGGGCAAGAAACGCUGCUUUGGUGAAUACAAGUGCCCCAAGUGCAAGAGAAAAUGGAUGAGUGGAAACUCCUGGGCUAACAUGGGACAAGAAUGUAUCAAGUGUCACAUCAACGUUUAUCCUCACAAACAGAGACCCCUGGAAAAGCCGGAUGGCCUGGAUGUUUCAGAUCAGAGCAAGGAGCAUCCUCAGCAUCUGUGUGAGAAGUGCAAAGUUUUGGGCUACUACUGCCGUCGUGUGCAAUAAACUUUCAAAGGUGGCCUCUUCUGUCUCCAUCAUCCUGGGAGAUUCUUUGGCUGCACGCGGUCAAGAGCGACACAGAAUCCAAGACAAAAAAAAAACUAAAAAAAGAUUGCCAAUUUUGCCUAUCUUUAAACUAAUAAUAUGCCUUACCAUUAAUAGAAUGUAACACUUUUCCUGUGUAUGUGUAUACGUGCAAGAUAUAUUUAUAGGACUAUGGUGUGUUUUAUAUAUCGAUCUAUCUAUAUAUCUAUCAAACAGUGUUACUGAUAGUGUUCACAGUGGAACCACUGCUGUGGUUUCUGUUGAUUGUUUACACGGUUCCUAUAUCAUGGCCAGGUGAAAUGAAACGAAGUGCUGUGUGUUAGGCAAGAUAUAAUGUUCACUGGGAAGUAAACAUUAUGAAUGGCUUUUGCAGGACUUAAGUAACCUGCAAGGCCACUAAUUGGGAGUGCUUGUUAACCCCAUGAACAUUAUUCCUCUUAUACGACAAGACAAAGGAAGGUUCAACAAGCCACAGCAUUAAAGAAGGGAAACUAUCGUGUUUUCUUUGCUUUGGAAGAUUUGAAAGUUCCAUGCUGCUGCUUUCUUGGACUUCCACUGCUUAAUGUAACUUGAGUAGGGCAUAGGUGGACUCAGUGAAGGUAAAACAAAGUGUAUAAUUGUUUGAGUGAGUAAUUUUUUUGUAUGGAAAUGGAGAAUAGCAACUGGACAGAUUGUCAGUAAGGAUUCCAGCAUCUUUUGGAAGAGAAUAGUGUUUGCUUUCUUCAGGCUGUGAUUGACUGAAAUCCUUCUCUUGUCAUAUAAUUUCUUUUAAAUGGGCCCUUUAUGUGUAUUUGCUAUUCAUUAGGCCACAAGCACACUAAAUUUACUGUGAAUAAUGGGGAAUGAGAAUGAUGCAAUUUGUCCCCAAGCCCUAAUUGAGUGAGUAACCAGACUUAAUAUUUAUACUAGUUUGAAAGCCACUUUCUGGAAAUAUUUUUAUGUCCUGUUUUCUACUGUGCAAAUUUAUUAAUAUAAAAGUAUAUACUUAUGUAGCCACAGGGGUUGUAUAGGGCAUGAAGAACAUAACCUACCCUCUUCUCUGUCUUUCUAAAACAUCUCUAUAGGUUAGGAGAAAUGUAGUAAUUGUAUGUGGUUGUCCUAUUUCAAGUAGAAGGAACUUUGUGCAGGAGGAUCCUGUUACAAAGAAAAAUAUAUUAUCAGAGAUUGGGGAAUGUCAUGAAAUGAAAGUACCUCAAGACAGUAGUAUGGUUUUGUAUGUAUUUUUAAGAGUAGAUUGGCAAAAGGACAGAAUGAAUAAGACUUGUAUGUGUCAUCCACUUCUAUAGAAAACUACAGGAGGGUGUUUUUUUAAAAUCAAUCAUUUUUUAUUUUCAUGAAAUUUUCUUUAAGAACUGGAUGUGUGUGUUAUUGAUAUGUGGUGGAAAUGUUUUAAAUUUGAAACACUCAUAGCAAGUUAAAGCUGUUUCAAAGUUAAAUUUGAUAGAUACAAUCCAGAGUUAUCGCCUGCCAAGGUAGGAUGAAGUGGUACCAGUACAACCAGUCAGAGUCUUGUGAAGCAGAUUAAAAACUCGUAGUAAGCAUUCGCAUGUGAAAAGUGAAGAUCUUCACAAAGUUGAUCUAGAGUGAAACUUUGGCAUUUCCAUGUUUUCCUGUGAACAGGGCAAAACACUGGUGGGGCAAAAUGAUUUGUUUAGAAACUUCACACAAAAUUCAGUUUUCACAAUUUAUGGGGAACCCAAAAAUUCAAGUUGUAAGUAAUGGGUCUACUAGUUAGAGUAGUGUACUGGGAGAAAGGACACGGAUUCUGUCCUGGGUUCUGCCAGUGGCCUGCUGUUCAACAUUGGGCAACUUUCUUAACCUCUCCAUGCAUCAGUUUCCCCAUCUGCAAAAUGGGGGUAAUAAUACUUAACAUACCUACCUCACCAGGGUGUUGUGAGGUUUAUUUAAUGUCUAAAGGCCUUUGGACAUUGUUGGAUGAAAAUAUUUUUUUUUAAUUAUAUAGCAGUUAAGUUAAACACUCUGAGACUAAUUUUGCCCAGUUAGCAGUACCAUAAUUUAAAACAAAAAUGACUGAAAUGUAACACGAAUCACAGAUUUUGAUUGCCUCAAUCAAGUGAGACAGUUAGCAUCUUCAAGAGGAAAUGCAUUCUUAGCCAAAGACUGAAAAGUACACUUAAGGACAGAUUUUCUAAACAAAUCUUCGUAGUUGGCCCAUGAAAUAAGAAAUUUUGUGCAUGCCAGUUUAGAGGUGGGUUUUUAAAACUUGGCCUCAGUGUUAAUUUUGACCCGUUGUUUGGUGUGUUAGUAAUGCAAAGGAGAAGAUUGCAAGAAGGCCAUACAAUAAACUGGCUAUAAUUUUUUCCCUUGAGCACUCAGUGGUAUAUUAGCAGCAAUUUCUUUGACACUUAAGAUCCAGCUAAAGGAAAAGCUAAGAAAUAGCACCAAACAAAAGCUAAGAGAAAAGCCGUUUUCUUCACAAAGCUAAGAAUAUAUCAACCAAUCUGCCCCACCAUUUCAAAAUAAUUUCAAAUUUGUGGCAACCACUAAAAGAAGAAAUACUGUUGAUCAGGGCCGGCCCCAGCGUUUCUGGCGCCCCAAGUGGCCGGGGGGGCGAGGGGGAAAAGGAGCCGUGAUGGUGGCACUUUGGCGGCAGCUCUACUGCUGCCACUUCAUUCUUCAGUGGCAAUUCAGCGGCAGGUCCUUCCCUCUGAGAGGGACUGAGGGACUCGCUGCUGAAUUGCUGCCAAAGAGCCAGACGAGCCACCCCUUUCCGUUGGCCGCCCCAAGCACCUGCUUGCUGCGCUGGUGCCUAGAGCUGGCCCUGCUGGUGAUGAACAUCAGAGCUGCAAAAUAUGUAGCUAUAUGUAGCUAUAAUUACAUGCUAUAUUUAAGCCACUGCAGGAUCUUAACAUAGACCAGUUGAAGGACAAUAUUAAACAAAAUUGUUGCCUUUUUCACAUUAGUACCAUUUUAAAUGUUAUUUGUUCGGGUUCAGUACUGCAUUAUGGUGCUUUUAGCUUAUAGAUUUCCAGGGAAUGCUUUAAAGCAAGGUUCCCAAAUAUACAUCUAAUGUUGCUUUAAUACAACUACAAUUUGUAUAUGCAUAGUAUAACCCUUUUUUUUUUAACAUACUUGUUGGAGGUUAAACACUCAUGUCAUCAUAUUAUCCUACAUGUUAGAAAUGUCAGCACAUUAACUGAAGACACAAAUCAAAUGCAUUUGGGUCCUGGUCCAGCUCCAGAUGAAGUCAAUGGAAAGACUCCCAUUGACUUCCCCGGGCUUUGGAGUUUCCCCACCCCACCCUAUUUUAGUUAGUGAAAGGAAAGGAUGAAUAUUGCUGGCUGGAACCUGACAAGGACUAUGCAAGCUUCCCUACACAUCUCUGUCAGUGAACCCCUUUCAUGACCAAUAGCAUCCCUCUCUUACUGUAGUCUUCCACCUGUGGUGAUUAAGCAAUUACCACUUAUCUUGCACAGUGUACCCAAAUGAAGUGUAGAAUGAAACCCACCAAAUGUAUUGUCACUGGUGACCUAGUAAGUACAUCUUUAAUUCAUACUUAGUAAGCACAUUUGAAAUAAUCAAGGAGCAAAUAGGAUCCUCCUCUCCGCUUAUGCUGGAGAAGAGGGACUCAGAAGCAGGUAGCAAAGGAGUUAAGACUGUGGGAAAGCAAGAAGCAACACUCCCUGGCCUGCUCCCAUCUCCCCAGAGUCCACAAAAACCACUCCACAUGACGGGGGUGUCACAGGUAUAGAAGCCAGGAAGAGGGGGCAGAAAGGGAAGUAGCAUGCUUUUCUCCGAGCCUGGUAGGGGUAGAUGUUGCUUCAUGAAGAAUUUAUUCUGGCCAUGGUUUCCAUCUGUAUCAAUGAAGCAAGAUAUAUGGUGCAGUCCGUGGGGUGUGGAGGAAGAGCGAAUAGCAUGAAAUGCCGGAGAGCUGGAGAAGUCAGCUCACAAUGCUUACUGCCCUUAUAUCCACAAGGAAGAAAUUUAGCAUUCCCUCUGGGUUUUUUGGGACAUCCAAACUCACUGUGCAUUGUAAAAACUCCCAUCACCCCAAGGGGUUGAUGUGGGGAAAAGUCCACAUGGCCAAACAGAGUUUCAGGUGUACUCCUGCCCCUUCCUGACGGGAUUAUUUGUAGGAGUGGAAUGUUCAGCUCUUGGUAUUUAUCUUUGUUGGUAGGUAUCCUUAUUGUAUAUGGAUGUAUAGGUCAGUAUCGGAACAUAUUUCACUGUUAAUCUACAGUAGUUCACAGUCGUUAGUCUUUAGUAACGGCACAGUUUUUAGUAAAGGUUGAAAUUUUCUGAAUUUCAGAUUUACACAUUUCUUUAUUAAAAAAAUUAAUUUUGAAUAAGAGAAGAUGAUUUUUGCUCAUUUUUUUUAGUAAAAAUUCAUCCCAUUUUUGACUAGCUGAACUGGCUGAAAUUUUCCAGAUUUGAAAACUUUCAUCAACAUUUCUGAUUUUGACCUGGAAAUUAUGGGAUUAUAAACAUUCGAUUGUUAUCUACCUGCGAAUUGAACUGUGCACCACACCCUAUUCCUUCUGGAGACUUUUAGCAUUCAUUUUUUCCAUAUAAGUCAUAAUUCUUCCUUCAGUCAAUCAGAACUUCAUGUAUAACCUAUCUUCUGGAUCACUAUUGCUCAGGAAAAAAAAAAGAAAUCAGUUGACAUGGGUACAUCAGUUUGCACCAGUUGAGGAUACUUCCUUCCCCCCUCCUCUCCCAAUAAUUUAAAUCUUGGCCCCAGGUUACCCAGUUUUUACUGCUGCUUCCCCAUAAUACAUUAUGAUGCCACCUGAGCAAAAUCCAAGGCCUUGGUGUCUCAAAAUUGUUUUUUUAAUUGCAAAUAAAUACACAGAAGGUAAAUAUUAUUUCUGCAAAUAAGUGUAUUUUAAAGUUCCCCAUUAUAUGGGACCUAGUCUGUAAACUAUAAUGUGAAGUUAUGUAUAUCAGAGGAGGCCAUUUAUAGAAGGAUCCUCUAUAUUUUACCUUUUUGUACAACAUGGAAUUUAGACUAGACAUGAAUUGCAGACUCUUGAAGCUAUAGCCAUUAUUCCAAAAAAUGAAACUACUUAAACCAGUAGAUGAAAACUAAGACCAUUUGAAAGUAUUAGAAAUAAAUAGAUUAGUUCUCUAUGGCUUGAAGUUAAAUCAUUUGUGUGUGUCCAGUACAUAUUCUAAGUGCUAGUCCGUGAAUAGCAUGCAAUAAUUUAUCAACAUACAAGCACUGUUAAAAUGAAGUGACUAAGCAUGUGUUUCUCACUUGCUUCCGCCAACAUAAUCAGAAGUUUGAUGGAAUUUUAGCCCCUCACAGUGUCAUUUUUUAAGAUAUCACUCCAUUCCUGAUUGAAUAUCAGCGCAUAUCAGUUUUACAUCUGCAAAAACCACUGCUGUCCAUUUAUAUUGCUUCAGCGCUCAGAGGGCUGAUAGAGAUUUUAGAUGUAUGGAUGAUAGUUUGUAUUUUUAGGAUGAAUUUCAAAGGGACAAUCGUGUGCAGUUACUAGAUGUAGUUGAUUGAUAUUAAUGUUUACCCCCUGUAUGAAGUAUUUCACAGUUUUACUUGCAGAUGUGUAUUUAUCUUGAGUUAUACUUGACAGAGUUCAUUUCAGUUUUUGUUUGGUUUUUUUUGUUUUAAUACUAUGUGUGUAUUUUGGAAACCUUUUUAGAUGUUAAAAUUUUUGAAUGGUUACAAAUAUUUCUUGUAAUACUGAAUUAUCUUAUCUGGAAACUCUUUGCAGUAACUUUUUUGUAUAUAUUUGAGGGCCUUUUAAAAAAAGAAAAAUAUUAUUGUUUGUGGGUUUUUUUUUUAAAAAGUGUUUUUACAACUUGGAAGCUUUCAAAAGGGCCUUGCUCUCAACUAGAAUACUAACAGAGGUAAGAGUUUUCUUAAGUAUUUUGCAAAACUAAGGGUAUAUCCUCAAGAAAAUAUUUAUGGAAGUAAUUUACAUUUUUGUUUUUUUACAAUGCUUUUGUUUGUAUAAAGUAUGCAACAGAACUACAUUAAGAAGGAAAUAUUGUCUACAUAGAAUAUUAUAUGAAAGUUGGUACAUAAUUCUGACAAAACACCCUUGCAAUUCUUUAAGCCAUAUUGUUUUUGUUUUCCUUGGAUGAAAAUAUCAGUAUUAAGUAACCAAUGUAUUAUUCAAGUGCAUAGACUUCUAUUAAUGAGCUUAUGCAGUUUAUUUAUAUGUGUAUUUUGGGAAGUAUUGCCUCUUUAGGCAAAGCUAUAACUAGAUGUAUUCGUGAGUAAGGAUCAGAUAAUAUUAUACUAUCACUUUAUGACCUUGUGAGACACACAGUAAAUGCUGAAAGCACAGUAACUAUUCAGCUUUCAGAAAUUCUGGAACACAGAUAUUCAAUUUUUGUAUUGUAGGGAUUUUCUUUUCAUAACGCAAGGGUAGGUGCGUGUGAAGGUUUGGUUGGGGGGGCAUCAUUUGACAAACUGACAUUCAUGACAGUUUGCAGACAAUAAACAGAGAGCUGCUACGCAGUAUUGGCUAAAGCAGUAUUGUCAAUCAAAGGACAUAAUGGAAAAGGAUCAAGGUAGAUUGCUGUAGGGAUUUUUGUCUAUUUUAAUUAGAAUUCAUAGUGUGAUAGAAUAUGCAUGUAUUUGAAGCAUUUUUACACUUUACGUUUCAUGUAGCUUGAUUAUAUAAUGGAUUUUGUUUUUAAACCAUGCUUAAAUGGAAGGUUUGCCUAAUCCUGUUCUGGACUUUUGUUUCCUUUAAAAGAUUAUUUAGUACAGCAGUCACUACAUUGUAUAAUAGUGCUAAAACUGUAUCUUAUGGAUUUCUGCAGCUUUAAAAAUUAGCUUAAUUAUUAUGACUUUUGUUUGUUUUUAACCAUCUAUACCCACUGACCUUGUCAAUUUUAGUUGCCAAUUUGUAUGAUUUUCUUUUCUGUAAUUGUUAAUAAACUUGUACAGCUUAAAAACAAAAACCUAUGGACACAGGCUCAGAGGCACCAGUCCUGCCUCAGCAACCAAGAUGACAACUCACUCAUCUAGUGACUGUGUUGCUGAAAAGACUGUAAAGCCUCUGUUGUGGAUUGUCCAUAAAAUGGCAUUCCGACAUGUGCCUUAUUAGCUGGAUAGUAUACAGCUUUCCUCUAGUAUCAUAGCAUUUUAAUGCUGUAUUAAAAUAUUGCAACAACAUA